GAGCCGCCUCCAUUGCAGCGAAGGGUCUCUCAGGGCUCGGCGCUUCCAGCCCGGGCGCUGCUGCUUCCUGCUUCCCGCCAGGUGCCCGCGACGCGAGACAGGAACUGAGGCGAAGAGCGGGGAGGAGGCGGUGCUGCCGCUUGUCUUGCUGAGGCGGCCGUCGCUAGCCCUCCUUCCUCCCCUCUCGCCAUGGGCCCCUCCUGAGAGUGGGGAGAAGAGCCAGAGGCCUCUCCUGGCCCCCUCCGUUCCCGCCCAAGCCGGCUGAGGGGAAAGAGAAGAGGGACAAGGCGGCGCCUCCGUCUCGUUGCCUUUCCCCCCUCGAGAUGCCAGCAUGGACUGCAGAAUCAAGGAAAACCCAGAGAGAACUUUUGAUUUGGUGCUACAGGUAAAAUGCCAGGCUUCUGAAAAUGAAGAUCCUGUGGUUUUGUGGAAGUUCCCGGAGGACUUUGGAGACCAGGAAAUACUACAGAUCAUACCCAAAUUCUGCUUUCCUUUUGACAUUGCAAGGGUGACCCAGGUUGGACAGCACUUUACCUUUGUGCUUACUGAUAUUGAAAGCAAACAAAGAUUUGGAUUUUGCCGGUUGACACAAGGAGGCAAAAUAUGUCUAUGCAUUUUGAGCUACUUACCAUGGUUUGAGGUAUACUACAAACUUUUAAAUACGCUGGCAGAUUAUUUGGCUAAAGAUCAGGAAGAUGACUUGAAUGAUUUGUUAGACACCUGGUAUCAACAUCCUGUUCCAGAAGCCAACACCCCUAUCAGCUUAAAUUUGAACAACGAGGUGUUUUUUGCAAGUGAGCAAGUUUUGAAAAAUCAACCAGGUUUAAUAGCGCAUUCAUACUUCAUUACUCCUGAUUUAACUGGACUUCCAUCAGUACCUGAAAGUAGAAAUCUUACUGAAUAUUUUGUUGCUGUGGAUGUGAACAAUAUGCUGCAACUUUAUGCCAGCAUGUUACAUGAGAGGCGCAUCAUUAUUACCUCCAGCAAACUAAGCACUUUAACUGCUUGUGUUCAUGGGUCAGCUUCAUUGCUAUAUCCGAUGUAUUGGCAACACAUAUACAUCCCAGUUCUCCCUCCACAUCUUCUGGAUUACUGCUGUGCACCAAUGCCAUACUUGAUUGGAGUUCAUUUCAGCCUCAUGGAGAAGGUGAAAAGUAAAUCACUUGAGGACGUGGUGAUGCUAAAUGUUGACACGAACACUUUGGAAACACCAUUUAAUGACCUGAGCAACCUACCAAGUGAAGUGGUCUCGGCCUUGAAAAAUAAACUGAAGAAACAGUCCACAGCUACUGGUGAUGGAGUAGCCAGGGCCUUUCUUAGAGCACAGGCUGCAUUGUUUGGAUCUUACAGAGAUGCACUAAGAUAUAAACCAGGAGAACCUGUCAGUUUCUGUGAAGAAAGUUUUGUUAAGCACCGUUCCAGCACUACCAAACAAUUUCUGGAAACUGCAGUGAAUCUUCAACUUUUUAAGCAGUUUAUCGAAGGUCGGCUUGCAAAGCUCAAUGCAGGAAAGGGGUUUUCAGAUGUUUUUGAAGAAGAAAUCUCUUCAGGUGGCUUCAGUGGAGGAAAUUCAAGAUCAUAUCACCAGUGGGUAUGUAAAGUAAAGAAAGGAGGUGCCUUGAUCAACACAGCAAUGAACAAAGCCAGUCCAGCUGUCAGAAUAGCAUACCGAUAUGCAAAAGAUCAUGCCAAACAGGGAAUAAAAGAGGUAAAGAGUAAGUUGAAACACAAGGAAACAGAAGAUGAGUAUGGAACGUGUACCUCAGGUUUUGCACAUUACGCUCCAAUCUAUACGCUUCCCAAUACACAAAGACUAAAUUCAGAAAAGAGACGACUUGUGCAGGCGCGGUUUGGGCAUCUUCAUCCCUACAUGCAUAAUCAUGAUUCUGCAUUGGAUGAAGAUGCUGAUGAUGAAAUGGACAGAGGAAGCAAGUUGUCAUCUGAAGACAGUGAGGAAACAUCUUGUUAUUUGUACGAUAGUGAUGACUCUGGGGAAAUAGCCAAAACAUCUGUUCCCCCUGGGGAAAUGGACUUGCUGGGUGAGAUUUUGGAUACUUUGAGUACGCACAGUUCUGAUCAAGGGAAACUCUCAGGAGCAAAGAGCCUGGACUUCUUUCGAUCAAUGGAUGAUAUUGAUUACAAGACAAAGAAUAAAUCUAACACACCAAGUGAGAGCAAUAUAGCUCUGCUCUGCAGCAGUCGGACUUCAGAGACGGCGAACUGGAAUCUUGGGCAAGAAGAUGGAAUCUUCAGUGCAAAGCAGCUUCUUCCAUCACCAAGGAAAUAUGUUCCUUCUAGUAGCCACAGGGAAUCUCUCUCAGUCCUAUGUAAAGGAAGUCCCACCAGUCUCUCUGGCAUUGACAGUGGGGAUAUCCCAGCCUCAUCUCAGGAAACUGUGCAGUUGUGUUCUCCAGGAGCCUUUCAAGGAAGGAAAACUAUGUGGAAGGAAACACUAAGCAAUACCUCAGCAGAUGGAAUUUCCUCGAACCUGAGCCCAAAUCCAUCUACUCUAGUUCCAUGGGAAAGAGAACCAAGAACAGAAAAUGAAAUCCUAGAAGAGGGUGGGCUCCUGCAUGAAGUGGUGUCGUUAUGUAAAAUGACUCCUUUCAACCACGGUUUAAACAUUUCAGGGGAUCGAUUUUCUAAUAACAGUGGAAAUAAAGCAUAAGCAUUUUUUAUUCGUUUGUAGGGGAGAAAUUGCACUUCUGUCGAUAGCUGAAGGACGAUGACUCAGGAUUCCAUAUCACAACACCAACCAAAAGAUCACAAAAGGAAAUGACAAAUCUUCAGUUUUAUUACUCAUUUGUUGUGGCUUGUUUCAUAAAAUGCAUAUAUGCAUUUUCUCCCUUUAUUGAAAGUAUCCCAUCUCAUAUGCUACAUUUGAGCCCAAAAAAUGGAGCCAAAUUGCAAACAGGGCUGCAACUCAACCUUCAAAAUACAUUGAGGAAAUUUCAGGUUCAAGCCCUGGUUUAUCCAGACCUGUUUGAAUAUCUGGCUAGGCUCAGCCAGUUCAUGGAAACAAUGCUCUGUUUUGGUAUAAUGUUUGAUUAAUGCAUUCAAGAAUCAAGGUACGAAAUGUUUAAGCUACAGCUGGUAUGUGGCACUUGAUAAUAUUUACUGUUUCCCUUCCCCCUUUGCCUGAGGAACCAUAUCUUCAGACAUAAGCACUGCUUUUUAUCAGACAGGGAAUAAAGGCAGUGUUGUUUUUCUGGAACUCAUAAAUGCUGUGUGAAUCCAUGAUAUGAAUGCCUUAAAGUUACAGGAACAAACUUAAAUAUCCUGGAGGGUGGAUUGCAGAUAUGUGAGAAAGUAAUGCAAUUAUUUCACAGCAGUGAAAUGCUUGAACGUAGGAAAAUGCCAUUUGUUUCCAAACCACAGGAACUCAACUGACUAUUGGUGGUCGUCCAUGUGACCACCAUUUAUGUAAUGAUUUCAGUUCUCCCAUGUAAGCCUGGUCAGAUGGGAGCCUCUGCCAUGUGCUGUAUUCCUUGGUAGUAACCAUUUUCAUGUAGCCAGCAAUAAGGAAAACUUUUAUAAUCAGGUUAUCACCCCAUUGUCAGAUUAGUAAUUGGUUGUCUGGAUUUGCCCUGAAAUAUGUUGUUUAAGCUUUAUUAUUUUCAUAUUAUCUUUUAAUCUGGUUCCGUCUUCCAGACCUGAAAACUGUUACUGUGUAUUUCAGCCAUUUUAGCAUGGUGACAUACAAUAUAAAGUUUACAACUGUCAAUAUUUUGCAUCAUCAGUUUUCCCAAAAGUCAAUAGCAGAAUAGAUGGGUUUUUACAGGAAUAUAAUAUCCAUUGCUUACAUUAUUUCUGUACUAAAACCGAUCUGUACUGAGUUUCAUCCCUAUUAACCUUUCAUACUAACAUUGGUGGUGAAUAAUAAUAAUAAUAAUAAUAAUACUAAUUAUUAUUAUUAUUAUUAUUAUUAUUAUUAUUAUUAUUAUUAUUAUUAUUAUUAUUAGAUGUGGUACUUGGCUAAGUAUUAAAGCUUUGUUUUGAAAAGCAGAAUGACAUUUCCAACUGAUACACUGAUCUCUCUUGCUAGUCAAACUUCUUGCUAGUCAUAAGCAAAAAAAUGCAAGAAACCCUAAGGGCUGAAACUGCAUUUAAACAGAUAUAUUUAAUGUAGCUCCUUACUGCCUAUUGACUCACAACUACCCUAUUUUUUUCGUGUCAGGAGCGACUUGAGAAACUGCAAGUCACUUCUGGUAUGAGAGAAUUGGCCGUCUGCAAGAAUGUUGCCCAGGGGAUGCCCAGAUGUUUUUGAGGUUUUUGCCAUCCUUGUGGGAGGCUUCUCUCAUGUCCCCGCAUGGAGCUGGAGCUGAUAGAGGGAGCUUAUCCGCACUCUCCCCGGGUUGGAUUUGAACCUGGUAGUCUUCAGGUCAGCAACCCAACCUUCAAGUCAUAAGGCUUUAACCUGCUACGCCACUGGGGGCUCCAACUACCCCAUUACAAGUAGCAUAAUACUCCUGAAUGACAACUUUUGAAAAUUCUUUUCUGAAAAGUCUUAAUGGGAAACCUUUGAUGCAUACAUGUUCAAAUAUCCCAUGAAAUUUGUCAGUGAAUCAAAUGUGGGGUGUCUUUUGGUUCCCACUUAUUUUUAGAUGCUUCAGUAGCACUUCAAGUCUGUAGCAGUGCUCUGUUUCACUCUUUGUUCAGAUCUAGAGUCUUUCUUUCUUGGUGCUUCUCUGUUCCCACACAGAGAUUUUUUCUAGGUUUGCCUUUCCACAAUACGAAAUCAUAGUAGCAGAACAAGUAGUUUUUUGGGUACUAUAUGGAUGUGGCAGGCGAAGAAAAAUAUUUGUUAAAAUAUAAAAAGCCAUGACAGUCCAUGCUAAGCAUGGACCUGAUUCCAUGUCUUGCCUGCGAGCUGGCAGAAUCAAUGCUCUCAGCCUUGCUGGGUGAAUGAGACAGAAGUGUGAUUCCACAUGAGUGAAAUCCAUUGUCACAGGGGAAUGAGGCAGGACCAGCCAUUGGGCCCAUAAGCUCAGUCUCUUCUUCUGCCACCAGUCAAUAAGCCAAACAGCUGGGGAAGAGUGCAAGGAAUGUACAAAGAAGUCCAAAGCCUGAAUGUCAACCAGUGUUCCAGGGGAAUGCCUUUAUGGUCCUCUAGCAGAGCUCACAUGGCCUAAAGACACUAGAUCCCAUCUGAUCUUGAAAGCUUAAGCAUGGUCAACAGAGACCACCAAGCAUAGACUUUAGGAAAGUACACUGCUUCUUGUUGAUCAGGUUGACUCUGAAGCCCACCCAGCCUUGGAAACCUGUGAAACCAGUCAGAUCCCUAUACACUCAAAGAAGAUUGUAUCCUUCUUCCAGCUUCCAGUGUGGAUUAUAAAGCCAAGUCCUAGGUUAAAUCUGGGGCUGUUUUUUUGUUCAAAUAAUACUCCUGAAUCUAGAUCACUUUAGUAAAAGAAAGGAAUUGGUCAGGAAAUCUGUAUUCAUAUUUCUUUGUACAAGUGAAGUCAAGAAGCAAGUUUCAAAGCCCUAUGCAUCCAGGGAUUUCCCAUUCUAACCUAUGACAAAAACUCUAUGCACAUGGAUAUGUCGUAUUGCAACUACAGAGGAUUUCUUUUAAUAAAUGAGAGCAAAGGACGGUUUUUCAUCACACCAAAGAAGAGUAUGAGAAGUGGGGCAAAGAAAAAGCUAAGAGAUGUUUAGCUUUCCCACAGCUCACAUUGUUAAUGAAUAUGCUUAAGAUUGUCAUGCUAAUGUCAAAUCUCAUUUUAAGGUAAUUCUUACAGGAUUAGCAGUAAUGUUGAAUCUUGAUGAUAAGUCUUUGAAAUGCACUGUGUAUCAAUUUGAACUUGUCAGUUUGCAGCUACAAGCCAUGUAGUCUUAUCGCUGAUCACAUAACAAGCAUAUCAUUAUUUUGGGGAGGUUAAUAGUUGUGCCUUAUAUGUUUGCCCUGUUUUAAUUGCCAGCUCUCUUUCUUCCUGAUGAAAAGGACUUUGCUAAAAGGACCAGAGUAGCAUUUUCUCAAACCUUUAACCAGCAACUACUCUGUUCCUUACCUUUUAUAGUAAAAAAACUUCCCAUAGGCCAUAUCAAUAGAGUUUUGAUGACUGCUGUUGUUCAAAUCACAACUCAUAAUUGGCUUUUACUGUCACUGUCAUAUUCUUAGAACCUUCUAAAUUCAUUUUAGUUUGGAGAUCCCAGAGUUCAGGUUAAAAGAAAAUCUCAGGAAACUCUGUAAAUUAGAAGUGUUUUGGUUCAUCAGGUUCCUUUCUUCUUAAAAAUAACUUGGAUUAUUUUAUAGAGGUUUAAAUUACUAUUAAGACUGUUUGAAACCAUUUAGAACCACUGUAUAUACUCAUGUAUAAGUUAGCCUCUUGUAUCAGUUGAGGACCAACAUUCUGGAUUUUGAUAUGAUCUUUGGAUAAGUCAAGGGUCAUUCCAUGGAGAUGGGUAAAUGCUGACACUGCCAAAGAGACCAGAAGCAGUGCUGUAACAGAGAGAGUAGAGGACGUUGGUGCUUAUCUUAGGUUCUCCCAGCAUAGACUAAGAUCUUGCCUUUUGCCACUCAUCUCAGAAAAGGGAAUUGUUCUUUUUUAUAAUAUAAUACCUAUAUUGACCCAUGGUUAAGUCAGUUUUUUUGGGCUGUGUUUUUGUCUAAAAUUUCUAGACUUAUACACGAGUAUAUACAAUAUUAACAAUCUAAUCACAGGGCUUUGGACUGAGGUUUGGGUUUUUUUGUUUUUGCAUAUUCCUUUAGCAGAUUGGCUGUUUCUAUACAUUGGAGGGGUCAUAAUGUUUUCCCUCAGCAAGUAAUGAAAUCAUAUAUCACUUUGUCAUUAUUUGAAAUGUUCUGAUUGCAUCUCAGGCAUGAAAGGUGAUUGAUCCACCGAGGACUUUCCUUGACAUUUACUAUACCCCAAGAAUAGAGAAAGCAGUUUUGCAGAAGUAACACUUAAGAUCAGAGUGUUUUUCUGCUGCUAGGGAAUAUUAACUUCUCCUUUCCCACCUGUUGAAUAGGGCCCGUGUGUAUUUAUUUCUGCCAAGGAGACCAUGCCAGAUUUCAGAACAAAAAGUUCUUCCGAUUAGCAGAAGGUUUUACUUGUUUCUCUGUACAUCUAUGCAUGGAAAGAGAGUUAGAUAACCUGUUGGGUACACAUUGUAAAUGUUAUGCAAAGAAACAGCAUUUCUGAAAAUCGACCCAACUUUUGUGAAUAGUGUGCCAUUGGAAAUAAUGGAAUAAAUAUGUGUUUUUAACUGAAACUUUUAGUGUUCCAUAGCAUUUCAAAAAGCGUUAUUGCUGCUUUUUUGAUUGCUAAGGAUUGAGUUAUCAAAAGCUGUCAGUCCUGCCUAACUCUGUUCCUAUAUAUGUCAACAGUAGUUUUCCAGUUGAUUGAAUGCACAGCCUGCACUGAUGAACACCACAGAAAAUCUUAAUUUCUACUGUUAGACUAGAUGGAGGGGACACUCCACUUGGAAAUUGUCCUACACCAGCCUUGUUAAGGUGACCCCCCCCCCCCCCAUGGAAAGAGUUUUCACAGGAGAAUUAACUGGCAGAUGGUGCCAAUAUUAGAUAGAUUGGAUUGGGCAAUAAAUGUUAGUUGUAAAUUUAGGCUUAAGAGUACGUUUUUAAUGUGCGUUGUGAAAGGAACGAAAAAUAGUAACUAGCUAGUUGUCAAGUAGAUUAGCUCUAUAAUCAGCAAUUAGUAAGUGUAAUUCAGCGGAGAAAGCAAGCUCUUGCUUACCUGUCAAAUUCAAACAUUCAGUCACAAGAGGAUAUCACUCAAGUAUUUCUCCUUAAUAUUAUUAACACUGCCACUUCUGUUUUUUCAGUAAGCACAAUGGUGGCUUGUGGCCUCCAUAUCAGUAGGUUAGUAGAUCUGUUCCUCCUUUUGGGUGACUUUAAAGGAGCUGUCCAAGGUGCCAAACUUCUUUGUGGCUCAGUCAGUGUUCAGCUCUUUGAAAAUCUCCUUUACAAGUAGAGCUAAAUCAGGCAUCCUCAAACUCUAGCCCUCCAUCUGUUUGGGCCUCCAACUCCCAGAAUUCCUGACCAUUCAACAAGCAGGCUGGGGCUUCUGAGAGUUGGAGGGCCAAACAACUGGAAGGCUGAAGUUUGAGGAUGCCUGAGCUAAAUUGUAUUUCAUGCUCCCCACUGACAUAGAAAAUACCUGCUGCCAUUGGUAGACUGUAAUAUACGAAGGAAAAGAGCAUACUCUCGAACCUGUUCAGUGAUUGAAAGAAGGGAUCAAAACAUGAAAUCCCACAUGAAUCACCAGGUGUUUUGACUUCUACCCUUUCCAACUCAUUUCAUUAUCUCUGGAUGAUUUUGAUAGCUCUUCUGCUGUCAGUGUCCACUGUUUUUUCCUUAACGUCAAGGAGACCAGGACACUACAUUUGUGUGAUCUUAUGGCCUGUUAGACUAUUUGGACCCAGAUAUUUGCUGCCUAUGAUGGAAAAUCCAAAUAGCUUCCAAUCUCACAACACAGCUAGGAUGUUGCGUUGCUCCCAUUCAUUUGAAUUGGGCUAGUGAAGAACAUCUUACGAGCUUGUGCUACCUGCAUCCUUCCUUCCUUCCUCCCCUUGGUCAGAUUUCUAUCCUCCAUUCCAUUGGCAGUGACUUUGAUAAUAAUUGGGGUAGUGACUCUGUCACCUUGUUUUAUGAUGUGAGAGAUUCCUCUUCAGGUAAGGAUAGUACAUGGCCAUCAUCUCUUUCCCCAGCCCAUGUUUCAAGUUGUAGGAAUCUCUCUGUACCCAUGAAUGUUCUUUCAUGAUAUUGGAUUGGAUGUAGUCAGAUAAUGCAUUCUACCUUAUUUUUAGCUAUGGAUAACAUUACUUGAGCACCAUUUGGAAUCUAGAAGUAGUAUUAAUGUGGAUGUGUCAGGUGACAGUGGCUGUAAAAGAAAGAAGCAGAAACUUCCCUGUUGAUUAUUCACAAAUUCCCUCACCUUUUCCAUUCAUCUCCAAUAUUGGAAUAAGGGAGUCACUGGGAUAUGAGGGAAAGUACAAGAUUUCAACAGAAGGAAUAGGAUUUUUGUGCAAUAUUUUGCUUUCUUGGUUUUGACGAGUAUGAACUCCUGCUUUUUCAGUAGGUCUUCAAGAUUGUUUUUGUCUUGUUUUGUUUUGUUUCAAGAUUGUGUUGAGUCGCAUGUAGCAUUUAAUUACAGUUGUCUUGUGGAUAAAAGUACUGUAUGUUGUCAGUAGACAAAUGGUAUUACUAUUGACUGGAAAUGACUAGGGAUGCCACAUUCCUGUGCCAUAAUAAUAAACACAAGCUUUGCCAAUUACUUCAUAGAGAACAAAAACUCACUGCUAAGGAUGUCUGUAUUCCAGACAGUACUUUUUAAGUACACAGUUGGAUGGAAUUUCUGUUUCAUUUUCUUGGAACGUCACAUUCUUGUUUUUUCUCUGUUCUCUCAAGCAAACAAAUACUCUUCUUCUGUACAAUUGAUGAUUGGUGGUAGCGUAUGGUUGAUACAUAUAAUUUUAUAAUCCAGCAUGUGGCAUCCCUAAUUAUUAUAAAUGCUUCUUCAGAUCAAUACACAUUGCCAGUUUCCUUGAAAUUGGUUGUAAAUUAUGUUAAUUGUUAUGUCCAUGUAUUUUGCUAUAUGUUUUCUUCUCACGGCCCAGCAUCUCUCAAGAGUUACUUUAAGUUAACAUACUUGAAUGAGAUAACUGAAGCACUGUGUAAUUAAUCUAAUUCUGGAUGCAACUUCCAAGCAAACAUUAUGGAAAUGGUGUUGGUUAUGUACUCAUUUUACCUGUGAAGCUGUUUCACUGGCACUGUGAAAAAUCUGGUCUUUUUGAACAAACGUGCUUUGUUUUGUUUCUGAAGAAGAACAUAAUGAAGAUUGUCUGUACUGAAUAGAACAAACUGUGCUACUAUCUGGCCUUAUCUCUAAAUAUUUUGAUAGCUGCCUUUUACUCAAGUUUUGGACAUCUUUUUGAAAUGAUGAUAUGAAUGUUGUAGGACAUUCAAUGACAUCUUGGAUGGUUUUAUUGGAUUACAUUUCUUGAUGUCUCCUAACAAUGCAGAACGCUUUAAGUGAAUCAAAACUCAUAGGAAUUUUUAAAAGCGUAUGAAUGCUUUUGUGUAAGUGGAAAGGACUGCCAUCACCUUUAGGGUUUUCAUCUGCACACCUAUUGUAAAUUAUAUAAAACUAUCUUCUAGAAUAGUGGUUCCCUUUGGGCCUCCAGGUGUUCAGGACUUAAGCUCCCAGAAUUCUUGGUCAUUAGAGAAGCUGGCUGGGAGUUAAAACCCAAAAAAUCUGGCACACAAAGCAUUGGGAACCCCUGUUCUAGAACAUUGGUCUUCAGCAGCAGGCAGGAAUCCAUAGGUGGACCACAUCCUAACCUAAGGUGAGCUACUUUGGCCAUAUUACCAAUAUUUAAAGAUAUCAAUCUGAAGCAAAAUAGGGCAGAAAAGGGAAAUGAAACCAGACAGACCAAUGUAAAGAAAAUAUUCAACAGGUGCGUUCUCUCCGUUUCUACCCUAGCAAGCUGCACUUGUUUUUUGUGGGGGUUUUUUGCAUAGUCCUCUCUUUUGUACUACUGCCUUUUUUACUCUCCUUUUUUUAAACCAAGUAAGCAACUGUGGAAUGUUAAAGCUGCAUUAGUCCCCUGAAAGACCUUGGAGGGCUGCACCCUGUACCAUAUCUACAACGUUCACCGUUAGGGUACACAAAAAUGGACUGUACUUUGCACACUCCUAUUUUAAUAGAACAAAGUUAAUGGUGCAGUGCAAGCUGUAGACACAACAGGUUCAAAGCUCACCUUAGGUUCUCUUGGGAAGCCACUGGAAAUCAAUAUGGGAUAGACCAGCAUUCUGUAUUCUUAAGGCAUGUCAACCGUUAAAAAUGUGUAUAUCUGUCCCACAUUUCACUUUGAUGUUAAGGAUGGGUCUACCAAAGACUACUGCCCUGGAGAUGUAUCACCAGAUUUUGAACUACAGUCAGUAGCACCUCUGUAUGCACUUUACAUCAAGUGGGUGUUUUGUGGGGCUGGGUGGGUUCACUUUGUUUUGUUUUGUUUUCGUCUAAAAGUGUUUGUUGAAUUCUGCGUUGCCAUCAAGUGCCCCACUGUGUAAUGUAAAAUAAAUGAUAGCUACACUCAGAAA